UCGAUAAUUCCGCGGUCGCCUAGUUCGGUGGACAAAAACAACUAAUUUUCGGUCCAAACAAAUGCAAAUUCAAUACGUUCGUACAGCGGCUGUAGUGCAUUCAAAAUUAUCAGUAAACUAUCCAUGGUCCAAGUAAAUCAACAAACCCUUAUCGCCAUCAAAUUCAAAGUGUCUAAGAUCCAACACAGCCCGUGUGUGUACAAAAAUCGAUCGAAGAAUCUGUUUGACUUAAGGGUGCACGACAACUUGACGGCUUUUAUGUGAUUACUAUGAAAUUGGAUGAAAUUGUUGGAUGGUACCAGAAAAAAAUCGGCACCUAUGACAAGCAAGAAUGGGAGAAGACGGUCGAGCAGCGUAUUUUGGAUGGCUUCAAUAAUGUCAAUCUAAAGAACACCAAGCUCAAAACGGAACUGAUUGAUGUGGAUCUAGUGCGAGGUUCCACAUUUCCAAAGGCCAAGCCCAAGCAAUCGCUGCUCACUGUCAUUCGUUUGGCCAUUUUGCGUUACCUGCUGCUGCCUCUGUAUGCACAAUGGUGGGUCAGGCAGACGACGCCGAAUGCCUUUGGCUUCAUACUGGUGCUGUAUCUCACCCAACUGAUGAACUGGGCCAUCUACAUCCUGCAUGGCAAUCGCAUUGUGCCAGCAUUGAGCAGCGAUCAGCAGAAUGCCACGCUGUACGGCGAACCGGAGGCCGAUAAGCAGCAGUCGGAGGAGCAUGAUGACAUGCUCAGCGCUCUGCUCAUACCCUGCGCUCUCAGUCUGAUGAUUAGCUUGAUCCACUCACAGAUCGUGGCCACCAACAAUGCGGCAAGUGGUGGUGGAAAUGGCGCCGCCAAAAACAAACUGCGUCGCUUCUCCAUUUCCAACUUUAACGAGAAGUCAGCUGCAAGGGAGCCACGACUGCGGCGGAGGAAGAAGUUUGUGCGUAUACGCCAGCCAGAACCGGAUUUGUCUCAUACCAGCAGCAACACAGCGCUGCCAGCGCGACGCAGUGCCACAGAAGUGCAUUCAAAGCCGCCCACACCCAUCAGCAGCAGCAGCGCUCCCGUGCAAGAACCUGAUCUGCCCUCAGCCACCACUUCACCUGCCGUCGCCAGCAAGCAAAGCAGCAAUGAGGAGACCACAGUCGUUACCAUGCAGAAGACAGCUGGACCUCUAUACGAUCUCAGAAGACACGAAGCAGGGCCCCCGCCUGACAGUCCCAAGAAGCGCAACGUCAACUGGCACACGCCCAUUCAGAUCUAUGCCCCCUACGAUCAACCGGAGCAACCAACGUCGAGCAAGGCCAGCAGAGAGGCUGAGAGCAAGGAGCUAGACGGCGUGGAAACGUUGCAGCCCACGCACAAAUCACGACGCAGCCUGGGCGACGAUGAUGGCUUUGAGAGUUUGAACGGAAAGAGUUCCAGCGGCGAGGACAACAACCACUCGCCGCUGCCCAAUGCAGGAGUGGCCGCCGCAGUCGUGCCCGUGCAGCACAGCCAGUUGCGUUUGCGUUUGAAUGUGGCAAAUCCCAGUGCGGGCAAUGUGCCAGCAGCAGCAGAGAAGAAAUCACAAACUCGUGGCAGCGAGUCGACCAGCAGCGGCGCUGACUCUGACGAAUGCGAUGAUGCGGACAUUAUAUCGAGUCCUGCCUCCGCGUGCAAUCAAGAGUGCACCACAUCGGCCACCGAUUGGCUGGGCGUGACCACAAACAGUGAGGAUUGCAGCUAUACCUCCGAUAUGGAUCAAUCGGAUGCUGGCUUCAAGCCCUGCAGCGACGAAGAUCCCGCAGAGCUGGACAUAACACCAACAACCAUACUGAAUCCACACAAUAACAUGGAUCGAAUUAGCUGCACCAUUUGGGAUCAGCGUGAUGCAAAGAAAGCUCAGCUCUCUGUCUUGGAAAUUGCCUCGUGCAUCAUUGAGCGUGUGGACUCUAUGGGCGAGACGAAUGAUUAUAUUUACAUAGGAGUUGUCUUUUCCUUUCUGCUCACCAUGAUACCCACCUUUUGCAGGCUCUGUGUGAUCACUCUCGGCAGCGAUGCGGAAAAGGCCAGCGAGAUCAGCUACAUUUACAUACCGCAAUUGCUGUGGGAAAAGUCAUCAUCCUCGUUAUUUACGCUGCUGGGCUUUGCCUUUGGCGAGGCCAAAUGGGAGCGCACUGUUCUGGCGCUGGGCUUCAUUCAACGCCUCAGCCUGACGCUCAUUUUGUUCAUCAUUUUUGCCGUGGCGGAGCGCACGUUCAAGCAGCGUUUUCUGUAUGCCAAAUUGUUUUCGCAUCUAACAUCAUCGCGCAGGGCACGCAAAUCGAAUCUGCCGCACUUUCGCCUGAACAAGGUGCGAAAUAUUAAGACCUGGUUGAGCGUACGGUCCUACCUGAAGAAACGUGGUCCACAGCGUUCGGUGGAUAUUAUUGUAUCGGCCGCAUUUAUUGUGACGCUGCUGCUGCUCGCCUUUCUCAGUGUCGAGUGGCUGAAGGACUCGGUGCAUCUGCACACGCACCUCACGCUGGAGGCGCUCAUUUGGUCGAUUACAAUUGGCAUCUACCUGCUGCGCUUCAUGACGCUGGGCCAGAAGAUACAGCACAAGUAUCGCAGCGUGUCGGUGCUGAUCACUGAGCAAAUCAAUUUGUAUCUGCAAAUCGAACAAAAGCCAAAAAAGAAGGAUGAACUAAUGGUAUCGAACAGUGUGCUGAAGCUAGCUGCCGAUCUACUAAAGGAACUCGAAACGCCAUUCAAGAUCUCUGGCCUCAGUGCCAAUCCAUAUCUAUUCACCACCAUCAAGGUAGUCAUACUGUCAGCACUCUCUGGCGUUCUGAGUGAAGUUCUCGGCUUCAAGUUGAAAUUACAUAAAAUCAAAAUCAAAUAAGUUAAGAGCAGAGCGGAGGGUUUGGUCGCAGAUUGAUCAUAUUUUUGUAGUACAAUUUAUUUCGAAACGCUUUAAGAAAGUCUAAAAUUAAAUACAUGUCUCCAUCUAGCGUAGUUUAAUGAAUAAUAAUAAACCUAGAGGUUAAGCCAGAA